UUUACACCGGCAAAAAUGGAAAACAGUACUACGGCUUAUUCGCACGCCCAACUAGCCAAAAGAUCAAUACGACGCGUUGCGCUCGCAUGCAUCCAGUGUCGAUCGAGAAAGGUGCGGUGCGAUGCCACACAGCCUGUCUGCACUCGCUGCCGUGCCGAUGGCAAGCACUGCCAGUAUCAAAAAUCACGUCGCGGAGGUCGCCCUCGCCGUCCGGCCGCUGCGCCCUUACAGGUUGCACUGGAAGGCCCUCCGUCGUCUGGCGCCUCGUCGCAAUGGCCCGAAGCCCUCAGUGCCUCCGCUGAAAGCGGUUCCUCUGGAUCAGGCUCUGCAGGCAGCUCCACGCAAAGCAUUUCUGACACCCUCGAAAUCCGCUCCAAUUCAGAGACUAUACUUCCUAGCGGCACCCGACUGACGAGGAUACAAGUCGACCAGCUCCUCGCUCAAUACUACACGUACUUCCACAUCUCACAUCCAUGUGUCCUCCCGCGAUGGUCUCUCCAGGCACGAAUGGCUAGCGAGCCCGUCACAUGGGACAUGCUACUUCCAGUUCUGCUGUACAUUGGUUCGAUCUUUACCCACUCGAUCGAAUCAGCGCCCCUGGGAGACGCAGCAUAUCACGCAAUCAAAAGUGGUCGGGCUCGUCCCGGGAUUCCAGACCCGUACUACAUCCAGGCCCUUACUCUGUACGCUAUCGCAGUAUAUUGGUGUAACGAGCCCGAGCGAGGUCGAGAGUUACUGGACGAAGCGAUCUAUGGGGCCUUCGAUCUGGGCAUGCACAGAGCAGAGUUUGCUUCGCAACAUGGCUUAGGAGAUCCUGUCCUGGAAGAGAGCUGGAGACGGACCUGGUGGCAAAUAUAUGUCACUGAUGUCCAUAUUGCCGGGAGUACCCAUACGUAUAAAGGUCUGGGGGCGAAGUUCCCAAUCACUACCGAGCUCCCAUGCGAAGAGCGGGAUUACGAAGCCGGCAACGUUCCAACGCCAUCCACGCUCAAAAGCUAUGAUGUGCGCGAGUUCUCCAACGUCGAGUUCUCCUCCUUUGCUCACUUCAUAGGCUUCACGCAAGGCAUCCAUCGAUUCCUCGCAACUCGGCGUGUAAAUGACAUUGAGAGCGCGAAAGCCACAUGUUCAAUUGCUGACACGAUAAUGACUGCGUGGUGUUCAUUGCUCCCUGCAGCGAAACGGCGACUCCUCCGCGAUGAUGGGAGCGUGGAUGAGCUACUCUUCAAGGCCAACAUCCUGAUGCACACAUACAUAGUAGAUCUACAUCGCCAAUUAUCGGGCUUGAAAUAUAGCGCUAUUGAAUCAGUCUCCAAGUGCGCUCCCCCACCACCACCAGAAUCGAACGACUCCAUCAAGGGAGAAGCACACAUCCAUACCGCUAAGGUUCUCUUCGCGGUCGAGAAACUGAAUGGCUUACUUACGCUACCGACACGCUUCUCCACGCAUACCCCCUUCAUAAUCUGCAUGAUCGCAAACAUGACGAUCGCCCAUCUCUCCGCCUGCCGCUACAUCUUCCAGGAGCCCAAGCUCUCGCUCGAGCGUGACAAGAUCCGGUUGAACAUGGGUGUUUUGAAGAUGCUGGGGGAGUUCUGGCCGGCGGGUCAGCGCGAGUACCAAACGACGGGGAUCAUUGCGAGAGAGAUACUGUCAUUGAAGGAGGAGGAUAUUCAAGUGCCGAGGGAGACGCCUGCCUUACCGCUAGAUACGCUUGAUUUCAAUUUCGACUUUGACAUCAAUUGGGUGUGCGAUAUGUUUGCGAACGCCAAUGCUACGUUCUUGGACGGUUUAUCGGCCUCUUAAAAGUCUUUCGGGCCACCGGAUGGCUCCAUGUUUCAAUAUUAGCAUCCAUGUUUUAGUAGCGGAC